AUGAUUAGAUCAGCUAAUACGAAUAUGCUACUAAGACCUCCUAAGAUAACUGCUCAUAAGGGAUUGGUGUUGGCGAUAAGAAACAACCAUAGUUUCCCACCGGUAAAGAGCUACCGAGUGAACAAGAGUCCAAUAGACUUGAUAUGGAAUUACAAAAUACCGUUAAGUGCCAAAUACUUUAGUGGAUUAUUGGCUGGAUCAUAUGGAUUAACUCAUGUGCAUCCAAAUGUUCUAGUAACUUUGGGCCCUCCAGUGAUUAUUGGGUCCUACAUAGCAUAUAGGUAUUAUCAUAAGACCCAAUUUGAGAAGCUGUUUAAUAAGAUCAAGCCAAAAAAUAUCGAAGCAUGGGAAAAUGAAAGUGACAGUAUAAGAAUUGAACGAUACGACGAGCAGGAUAUAGGGAAUGUAAUACAGGGAGUAGAGAAUGAAUUUGAUAACUUUCGGGCUCAAAUAAUGCAAUUGACUGAAACAAGAAUACUUGACUACAUUAGUAAUAUCCGAGGCCAUUCCAGGUCUAAUGAAGAGAUUGUUAAAUUAUUCAUUGAUGAAAAUGAUCAGUUCAAUAUAAAUUUAGACGAUUCUAAUAUUGAAACUUUCAUUAACAUCAAAGUUGAAGCGCCUAAGUUUGAUUUACAAGAAACCAAUCACAUAACCGAUUUUAUCAAGUUAUCCACUCCAUUCUAUUCAAGUAAAGAUAUUGAGAAUCGUGAAAGAAUUCAAAAUAAUGAUUGA